AGAAACGCUGCAUAAUUUAAUCUCUUAAGAAAACCAAGUUUCGUGUCAUACCAAAAACCUUCCUCAAACAAAUACCUUGUAUCUAAGUUAUCGCACCUAUAGGGAUAUUUUUAAAAUAUUUUUAGACCGGUCCUUUACCUGGGAGAGGAACGCAAGUUGAUGUGUGUUGACAUGGAAAUUCCUAGUGAAUAAAUGUAGUUAAUGAUGGAGCAAGACGGCAGGCAGUUGCGCGAUUUUUAUUGGAUGCUGUUUAUGGUGCUUACAACAGCUGAAGUACUGCGAAUGCAUCUAGUCUGGAAGAGCUAGGAGAUUGUUUAACAGACAGAAACAGCGCACGUAAAUAGUAAAACAGAGGUCUGGGGUCUAAGAACACAGUACUCUUCGUGUCGGAUUACAUUUUGCAAUUAUAUGUAUAUGUAAUAAUUUAAAAAAUGGAUGCUACAAUAUUCCAAAUCCUUAUUGAUGAAUUUGAUCCCAACUGCAGCCUAAAUAAUGCCUGGCAGGACAAUUUCUUUGAAAGUGCAUCUUUUUCCUUUGUGGAUUUUGAUGGUCUAUAUUGUAAUGCCACGACUGAUCAGAUAGGAACUUGCUGGCCAAAGAGUAAUGUGGGUCAACUGGUGGAACGACCGUGCCCAGAGUUUUUCAAUGGGGUUAAAUACAACAGCACCAGAAAUGCAUACAGGGAAUGCAUGGAAAAUGGAACAUGGGCCUCAAGGAUCAAUUAUUCACAGUGUGAACCCAUCUUGGAGGACAAGAGAAAAUAUCCAAUGCACUACAAUAUCGCCCUGAUAAUCAACUACCUUGGACACUGUAUAUCGGUUGGCGCUCUUAUAGUGGCCUUUGUGCUUUUCUUGUGCUUGAGGAGCAUCAGAUGCCUUCGAAACAUUAUACAUUGGAACCUGAUCACCACAUUCAUCCUAAGGAAUGUUAUGUGGUUCCUUCUCCAGAUGAUUGACCAUAAUAUACACGAGAGCAAUGAGCCCUGGUGUCGCCUUAUCACAACUAUAUAUAAUUACUUUGUCGUGACAAAUUUCUUUUGGAUGUUUGUUGAAGGAUGUUACCUACACACAGCUAUAGUGAUGACUUAUUCCACAGACAAACUGAGAAAAUGGGUGUUUCUCUUCAUUGGAUGGUGUAUUCCUUGUCCAAUCAUAGUGGCAUGGGCUGUUGGCAAGCUGUAUUAUGAAAAUGAGCAAUGCUGGUUUGGGAAGGAACCUGGAAAGUAUAUUGACUACAUCUACCAAGGCCCAGUGAUUCUUGUACUUUUAAUCAAUUUUGUUUUCCUGUUCAACAUUGUGAGGAUCCUUAUGACAAAGCUGAGAGCAUCAACCACAUCUGAAACAAUACAAUACAGGAAAGCAGUGAAGGCCACUUUAGUCCUUUUGCCACUGCUUGGAAUUACCUACAUGCUAUUCUUUGUGAAUCCAGGGGAAGAUGAUAUCUCACAAAUAGUUUUCAUAUAUUUUAAUUCUUUUCUACAGUCCUUUCAGGGGUUUUUUGUGUCUGUAUUUUACUGCUUUCUCAAUGGGGAGGUUCGUUCAGCUGCAAGAAAAAGGUGGCACCGAUGGCAAGACAACCAUGCCCUUCGAGUGAGAGUGGCCAGAGCAAUGUCCAUCCCCACUUCACCAACGCGGAUCAGCUUCCACAGCAUAAAGCAGACGACAGCUGUUUGAUCCUCUGAACUGCCAGUGGCCUUUAGAGUGCUUUUGCACUGUGUUCUAGUUAUUUCUUUUUGUAUUAUUAUUAUAAGCCAGUAGAGAUAACCUGUUGUGUUUGUGAACUGCUGUGCAUUUUGUAAAAAAAACUAGGGAAAAAAAGCAUAUAUGGAACAUACAAAAAAAGAAUUCAGUAGGAACAUUUAGUUUAAUGGUAAAGCACAGAAAUUCCAGGGUGCUGGAGGGCAUUAUUUUAUUUUAACCAUUUCUUGUCUCACUUCACUGUGCUGUAAAUGUGUGUUUGGCUUCUCAUUUUGAGGGAGUUUUUAGUGAUAUCUGUUGUAACAUGAGUUUUAUGAAAAAAAUCAAGAUUGAUAUACCUGAAACAGUUCUGGAUUAUUUAUGGUUUAAUUAACAACAGUAAAGAUUCACAAAUACCAAACUUUAUUGUAUUCAUUAAAACAUACUUGGAAAAAAAAACAUUAUUUAAACAACUUAAGACUUGAAGCUGUGUGAAUAGAGCUCUUCAUCUCUUACAACUAGAUGGUAUCCAGAUUUAGAGUUUGAUUUGGAUGAUUAGAUUUCUUAUCUGCUUCAGCAACAUGACAAUAAAUCUGGAUCGAUUCUUAGAAGAAGUGCUCGCUUUUUGUUUAUUUAUUAUUUGACUAGCUUGAAAUGGGUUGGUCCUCACAUAAGCCCUUUUGAAACCAUGCAUUAUUGUAAAUAAUAAAUACAUCUUCUGGAUGGACUCAUCUGUCAUGUUUGUUUCCACUGGCAACAGAUACCAUUGUGUUUAAUUGAAAUUGUCAGCCCCAGUUUCCAAUGGACUAGUGGAGUCAAUACAGCAAUUACAGCAUGGAGGCAAGUGUCAAACCUCAGACUGUACAGAAGGUGAGAAUAACAUCAAAAAACAAUGUUGAGCAAGCCAACAGCUGACAAAGUGAGUUUACAGAAAUAAGCAACCAACUUGCUAAUGUCAACAUUUUCAUUCAAACAUGAAAGUUAUGUUUGACCUUUGUUUUUCCAGCUUCUCAGAACGCACAUUCACCUUUUAGAUUUAAUCUAGCUCUUAGUGUGACUAUUUCUAAAUAUAUUGUAAAACUGGGAUACAUGUAAAUGGGGAAUCCGUACUUAUAUUGCCAUUACAUCAAAAUGGUUUAGUGAUAUACAGAUAUGGCCAAACAUUUUGCAUCACCAGCAAAUUUAGGAUUGAUUUUAUUUUUUUAUUUUUUAUUUUUUUUAAAUAAUAUAUGAACAUAAUUUAGACUUAUAUUUAACAGCAUGUAAUUAAAGAAACUACAAAAUGACAUUGCAAAAGUCUACCGGAAACCAUAAUAGUAGUAUAGUAUUUCAUGUUAGAUAUCGAAAUUUCCCAUUUUUGUCAGAUUUCUUGUUAAGUAUAUGGAAAUCUACAAAGCAGUAUAUAAUUCAAUAUGCUUAUGUAACAUUAUUCAGCAGGUAUCAUUCGACCUUAUGAAGGCAAAUUAGUUCAUUCUAUUUGGUGCUGCAAAACAUUUAGCCAUAGCUGUACAUCUUUUCAGAUAUGUUACUGAGCAAUCCAUUCCAUUGCUUAAGUUUCAGAAUUUGGAAGGUGUACAUCAUCGGUGGUUUACGGUGUACUUUAUCUUACAACAUCAUUUGUUCAAUAUACAGUAUGUAAAACAAUCAUUUAUUUUUUAUGAGGACUUCAGUCCUUCAGCUCCACACCAUGAACAAUGAUGUCACUGCAUAACUUUGCACCUUAAGAAAUGUUGUAGAAUCACCUCACGGGUCUAAAUGCAACUAUAAAUUGGCCCAUUGCAUAAGAAAAUAAAAGCUCAUUUAAUUAAUGUAUUUGUAUUAAAUGUAUAACUACUCAUUAAAAAGUUGUUCCACAAUAAUAAUAAAAAAACAACAUUAAUUAAACAAAUUUAUUUAUUUUGAAAAAAAAAUCUGAUUUGUGUAUGUUACAAUAGGGAUACUAUGUAAGGAAGUAAGAAGUUUAAAACAGCAUUUUGUUAAAUGUUUUUUAGAAUCUCGAACCUAAAAAAUCACAUGGCUCAAAAAAAAAAUUGCUAAACUUAAACAAAUGUGUAUUCUUAUUUGUCUUUAUUAUAAUGAGACUAAAGAGAUCCAGACAAGGUGUUGUUGUCCAACAGCAGCACUGUGUGGACUCUUGUUCUGUCAGUCAUAAAGAUAUGUUCUCUAUUUGGUAAUUGAAUGUUAAUCUUAACAUGGGAAAUCGUGAAUGAAUGAGAAACCAAUUUCUUUUUUUUUCUUUUUUUUAUAUUCAAGGUUUUAUUAUAUUAAGCAAACAUAGCACAAAUCAUAGAUUGAUUCAAAUUGAGUGUGUAAGAUGCAUUCUAAAUGCAUCUUACACACCAAAUAUACUGAUUGAGGACUGGAGUUAUCUACAUAAAGUCACAGUCAAAUACUGCAGAUAUUCUUUUAUUAUCUGGCAUCAUUAUUGUGUUGGCUUUGGAGUAUUCCAGAUCAUACUGCCAGUCCUAAAUGGACAUAUUUCAGGAAUAACAUAUCUUGUUUUCACAUGAAUAUGAUACUCUUGAAUACAAAUAUUAGCAUGGCAAUGCUAUAGUGCUUGUUUCUUUACUUUACAUUCCAUUAUGUUGGUGUUCAUUUAAUUAAUGCAAUUGUUUUUAAAUGAUAACAAUUGUAACUAUAUUUAUUCUGGUAAAGAAUGUGGUCUUUAUUCUCCUUUCAGUUAGCUAAUUUGUAUCCUAAUUGUUCCAUAAAUGAGCUAAAAUAAAGCACACAAUAUCACUAAAA